UCAACACCGCUGGAUCUGGACGUGUGUCCCUGCGUUUGGAAAUGUACAGCGACAAAUACACAUUAGUGGACUUAUAUAGUCUGUAACUGCAGUAGUAAGUAUAAAAGGAGGUGAAAUGAUCAUGUUUAAAAUUUGUUUCGAAGCGCGUACCACCGCAUCUCAGUCUCACUGAGGUAGAACACGGCUGCGCGUCCUCAGGAACCGUCCGGGAGAUGGACGGGAGGACUGCGGAAAUCGGGGAUGACGGGGCUGCUAGCCAGGAAGCAUCCACCAGCAUUUGUCCGCAGCUUGACGUGGGGGACAGCGAUUCACCCAAGAAGACUCAGCUAACUGAGAUGCCGUCCCCAUUUGGAGCAGGCACAGCCUAUGAGAAAAAAAUUGGCCACAGGAGGGUAGAUGCCUCUGGGGAGACAACUUACAAGAAGACCACCUCCUCUGCCUUAAAAGGGGCCAUCCAGCUGGGUAUUGGAUAUACUGUUGGCAACCUCAGCUCCAAGCCUGAGAGAGAUGUGCUGAUGCAGGACUUCUAUGUGGUUGAAAGCAUCUUCUUCCCAAAUGAAGGCAGCAACCUCACGCCAGCCCACCAUUUCCCAGACUUCAGGUUUAAAACCUAUGCUCCAGUGGCCUUCCGCUACUUCCGAGAGCUGUUUGGAAUUCGGCCAGAUGACUACCUAUAUUCUUUAUGUAAUGAACCACUGAUUGAGCUGACAAACCCAGGAGCUAGUGGCUCCAUAUUCUAUGUAACACAUGAUGAUGAGUUCAUCAUCAAAACUGUGCAGCACAAGGAGGCUGAGUUUCUUCAGAAAUUGCUUCCUGGAUACUAUAUGAACUUGAACCAGAACCCUCGGACAUUGCUGCCAAAGUUCUUUGGCCUCUACUGUGUCCAGUGUGGUGGCAAGAAUAUCAGAGUUGUUGCGAUGAACAAUAUACUACCACGCUCUGUGCGCAUGCACCUCAAAUUUGAUCUGAAGGGCUCCACAUACAAGAGGCAAGCUUCCAAGAAGGAAAGAGAGAAGACCAAGCCCACUUUUAAAGAUCUGGACUUUCUGAGUGAUGUUCCUGAUGGCCUCACACUGGACCAGGACACAUACAGCGCUCUGGUCAAAACUCUGCAGCGAGACUGUCUGGUUCUGGAGAGUUUUAAGAUUAUGGAUUACAGUUUGUUGCUUGGGAUCCACAACAAGACCCAAGCAGAGAGAGAGUACCAGCCUCAGGGCUCUCCUGCAGGAGGCAGUGAUGAGAAGAGGCCUGCAGCCCAGAGAGCCUUGUACUCCUCUGCCAUGGAGUCUAUACAGGGAGGCUUAACAUUCAAGGACACGCUGGACCAUGAUGACACAUUACUUUCCCUGAUGAUAGUAAUGGUCUCAUAUCUGUGCCUCCUCCUGUUCAUCGGAAUAAUUGACAUUCUGCAGUCCUACAGACUGAUUAAGAAACUGGAGCACUCAUGGAAGUCCCUCAUCCAUGAUGGGGACACGGUGUCAGUUCACAGACCUGGUUUCUAUGCCGAGAGGUUCUACAAAUUCUGUAGCACCAUUGUGUUCAAGAAGAGCUGCUCACUGCGAUCCUCUCCAUGUAAGAAGGGCCGAGGGGCUCUCUCCAAGUCCAGUGCUGGAACAGGUUCAACUGGGCAGUGUCCCUCUCUGGGUGACGAGAGGCAGGAAAACCUGGAGAACUUGGAGAACCUAGGGGGAGCUUGCAUUUUCCCCAUGCUGGAGGACAAUGGAAGAGAGCCGCCCUGCACCCCUCGUUCAUUUGAAGAUGCUACCACAGCAUCUAUUGCUACCACGCUCUCCUCUAACAACUCUCUUCCGACCACCCCCUUUGAAACACCAGAGCACCCACGCUACCAGAGACAAAGAGAUUCACCAGGUGUGGCCAGGUCACAGAAGGAGAUUGUUGAGGUUCAUGAGGAAAAGCAGGACACCAUAACGGUGGCGGUGGAGCUCAGUAAAAUCCCAAAGAGCAUGGAGCUCACACAAAUGACAGAAAUGACCUCUCCCAGCUGUGUGUCACCUGACCAGAAGCCUCGUGUCAUUGCAUCAUCCAUCACAUCUUCUGCAUAUUCCUCCUCCACCCUUCCUUCCUCCUUUAGGCCUUGCUCCUCUGCUGCUCACUCAGCCGGGCACUCAUCCUCCACACUUUCUUCAUCCAUCUGUCCAUCCACCAAACCACUCACCUCUCCCACAGCUACUUCCACCCUUCCAUCUCCACUCUCUCAUACUUCUACACAAUCCACACUUCCCGCGUCAGCUCCUAGCACCUCCACCCUCCCUCCUGCUUCAACAUUUACUCCCAUCUGCUGUGCAUCUCCUUACUCCUCUCACCAUUUCCUCUCGGCGCCUCCCUGCUCUGUCUCUCCGAGCUCCCAGGUGCCUCAGCAGGUGCCACGCACAUCACACAGUCAGCUGUCUGUGUCCAGCAGCCACAACUCACUGGAUGGGGAGGCGCAGGUGUCUGACAUCUACUUUUAUGCAAAAGGCAGAUUUUGGGUGUACUCUCCAGUUCUUGGCCGUCGUAAGCUAAACUCUAGCUCAAGUUACAGUACUCAGGAGCAUCGGAGCUGCGUGUACUCUCCUCUGCACUAUGGCUCAGAGUCUACAAGGGGCUCAGAGGGAGAGAGUGAAACAUAAUUGACAGUGGAAGCAGUAAAGGGUGGAGCCAGAGAUAAUGUGUCCAUAUACAGACACCGUGAAGUUCUAUAAUAAUGUCACCAGGACGCUAUAAAGGUUUAAUCCUGGUUGCUCAAACUGCAUGUGGACUCUAGGGAAGUGUCAGAUUUGUGUAUCAGUGUGCAUGUAGCUGAGGUCAACCACAGUUAAUGUUCUGUGUGCUGUGUAUGCACAGUGUUGUGUUCUUCCACUGAUUUUUUGAUGGUCCACAAAAAACGAUCUGACAGUGAACGGUUGUGUUCAAAAUUCCUUAUUGAUGAAUUCAUUUUCAGAAAUCUUUUCGCUAUUUCAGUCACAUGUAAUCACUAAAAAGAGCUUAAAAAUAUAAUCAUACAAAUAUUUUAUUGGGUAAAUGCCAGCUCUUUGAAGCAGAGUUAAGACUAAUAAUAUGGCAACCAUGCAUUUACACAUUCACAUUUUUUAGAGCAUCAAGAGAGCUAAAGAAAAGUUAAAUUAUCUUUUGUAAAUUGUAAAAAAAAAAACCAAAACAAACAAACAAACAAACAAAAAAAC